AAUAUUAUUUUUCUAUGGGUAACUAAUAUAAAAAGCGGGGUAAAAAAGUCAGCUGAUGAUUUGUAUCUUAUUUCCGUGUUCAAAAUAUUAAAAAAUGUGUUAAAGUGGAGAGAUUCUGCGGCUACCGAGGCGCCAGAAUGUCUGAUGAAUUGGAAACUCGGAUGUGGGACGAGGGAGGCUCCAGAUAUGAAUCCAGGAACCGUGGAACAUUUUACGAAUCUGCGUUCGCUUCAUCAGAACACUUGGACAGAGCUCCCUUAUUAUCCGAGGAGAGCUACACGGAGGUGCCGGUGGCGCCGCCCAGCGAGUCGGACGAACACUGUCACUGGACGAGACCUGAACCCCCAAGUGCUGUUCCUCAACUCGUCUGUGCACUUAUACUGUGCGCUGUUUUUAUGAUAUGCGAGCUGGUCGGUGGUUACUUGGCAGGCAGCCUGUCUGUGAUGAGCGACGCGGCGCAUAUGUUGAGCGACUGCGGUGGCUUUGCGCUUGCGAUACUCGCUUUCCGCUGCGCUGGGAGACAGCCCAACGCCAAUAUGUCCUAUGGCUAUAGAAGAGCAGAGGUAUUGGGCGCGAUGACCUCUGUCCUCCUGAUCUGGGUGCUGACGGGUGUGUUCGUGUACGUGGCGGCGCUGCGCAUCCACACGGGCGACUACCAGAUCGAGCCCGACAUGAUGAUGAUCGUGUCUGGCUGCGGUGUGGCUUUCAACGUGGUGCUGGCGCUCGUGCUGCACGGCUGCGCGUCCGACAUCGCGCACCACCACUCGCACGGCGGCGCGGCGUGCUCGCACGCGCACGGCGCGCGGCGGCCGCUGUUCGGGCGCGCCAAGGCCGCCAACGGCGCGCUCGCCAACGGCGACUACGGCAUGAAGGACCUCGCCGCCGCCGACGCGCACGUGGCCAGCUCCGCCGCCAGGAACAUCAAUCUCCGCGCCGCCUUAAUCCACGUGAUCGGUGACCUCAUCCAGAGCUGCGGGGUGCUGCUCGCUGCUGUGCUCAUCAAAAUAUACCCCGACGCGAAGGUGGUGGACCCCGUGUGCACGUUCGUGUUCGGCGUGCUGGUGCUGCUCACGUCGGCGCGCGUGGUGCGCGACGCGCUCGCCAUGCUCAUGCAGGCCGUGCCCGCGCACUUCCGGUAUAGAGAGUGUGUGGCCUCACUGUCGGCUGUGAACGGUGUGCGGCACGUUCAUUCUGUCCAUGCGUGGGCUCUGUCGACCCACCACACCGUUUUAACAGCACACGUCGCUAUCGACGAACUGGCCGACUGGGAGUCCGUCCUCCACAGUUGCCAGCAGCUGGCGCGCAGUCAGUUCGGUGUCGACAGCGCCGCCUUCCAGGUGGAGCGCUACUCCAGCUGCAUGACCACCUGCCGGCACUGCAAGCAGCCUGCCGCCGUGCCCUGACCCCUGUGCACGCUGAGCCGCUAGCCGGAUAUAGAAUAACGCGGCUGAGCGCUACCAGACUUCAACACGACUCGUAAAGAAUAUUGACCGAAGUAAUGUUGAAGAGGAACUCCGAAUGGAUUCCAUGUUCCGUGUUAAUGGUCAGUUGUAUUGUUUGUAAGUAUAAUGACACUCGUGAACGCGACAUUCCAAAAAGUAUUACUAUAAAAAAGUUAGUCGUAAGAUACGGUCGUUUGUAGCUUUCAAAUGUAUUUCGACGAUGUUUGUCUAAAAGGUCGUAUGUGCGUUGAAUUUGAAUUGCUGUUUCGGACGUAACCGCGUACGCUAACGGAGUGACGCGUACAGGCGAUCUUUCCCUCUCUUUCUCAUUGUCUCUUGUAUAUCGUUGUAUAUCAAAUGAAUUUUUUUUUUUGUAAAAAAUCGAGAUUUCUUAUAACAGCUUGGACAUUGUUUUUAAUACACUCCAUUGUAAACCACAUAAUAAUAACACAGAAAAUUGUGUAGGAUUUCCAAGGGUUGGUUAUUAUAUAUAGCUAAUUAGUCAUCAGUACCAAACAACCUACUAUGAGAGGGGCUUAAAUUUUAAUAUAUAUUCUGGGGAAGUGAUGCGGUCCAUUGACUUACAGACGGACAUAUAAACAAAUCUAUAUUUACCCCUAAUACAUUAUACAUUAGUAAAUAUUUCAAAAGGAUAGUACAAGAUUUUUUAGUUUUAAUUUUUUAUAUAAUAUAGUCAUCUUCGUUUCUGCCUUUUUGAAUAUUAAUUAAUGUACGACGUAACUCAAGCUUCGUUGUAGAUAUAAAAUACUGUAAUAUACGACCUUACAGUUUUGAAAUAUAAUUCAAUGUUACAUACGACCUUUUGUACAAACAGUCGCGACUUGUUUAGUGAUAAGAUAAUUCCGCUUGUGCAGUGAAAUUGUUGCUUUAAAUAUCUAUUUAUACGAAGUGCAUACAUUGAAGCUAUAUUUUUUUUUAUACGACGAGUAAUUUUUGUAAUUCUUUAUAACCACUGAUUGUAAAUAGUGCGGUGGCGUUAAGUCUCUUUCCGAUUCCUAAGUCACAAAGCUUACUUUAGGACGCUUAGAUCUUUGACUGAUAUCGUACGGUGACUUUCAAGAGCCAGUGGCUAAGUAUAUAUGUAUUCGAUUCGUAUUUAAGCGAUUUCUAUCGUCUACGAUUUUUCGAUCUUUAGUCACGUGUCGUGUAUGUCAUUUCUAUAUUUUUAUUGGUAUUCUCUAGAAUCCAUAGAGUAAUAAUAAGUAAGUUAUAGGGCGCGGAUAUCGCUGUCAAUUCUUUGUGCUUCUACAAUUAAAAUAACAAUUUUCGGUCGUCGCAAUUGCUCACGCACUCAAGUGAAACAGAUGUUGAAGUGUCGACCUUUACCUACUUGUGUUCUUGGUAUUCUCUCUGUUGCGCGCGCUCUAAGCAUGCUUAUUAUACUCUAAGCUACUAAAGUUACCAUAGAUAUGACUGUAACGUGUCGUCGAUUCUGAAAUUAUUUGACAGGCUUAAAAAACUUGCCUUAAGUGUGAAAGAGAUAACAAUAUGAUACUCGCUCGCAGUAUGUGCGAAAGAGAUAACAAUAUGUUCAGCUCUGUCAAAUAAUUUUAGAUUGUGUUCACCAUUUUUUUAUACAAAUCUUUAUCGAUAUUGCUAUACAACAACAAUCGUAGAAUUGCAAAAUUCUUCGACUGACAAAUUUAUGACACUCUUGACAGUUACCGAUUUUAAUGUCAAUUGUCUUUGACAUUUCAUUUAAUAUUCUUUGACUUAAACUUUUUAAAAACUAUCGUGGUUCAAGAAAAAAAAUCGAUAAAUUAAUUUCGCUUUAUCUUGAGGUCGGUUGCGUAUAGUGAUGGAUUAGCGCGACCCUCUAUAGUAUUUAUAGUGCCAAAGUUUGUAAAGAAAAUUAUGUAUUUGACAGUUAAAUUAUAAAUAAUUAGGAUAAGCUUAAAGAUAUGGACGAUUAUAACUGUUCGAUGAUUAAUGAAGCUUUGUUAUGAUAUAAAAACACUUGUUGACUCGCAUAAUGUUUUUAGAUUUAAGUAAAUUAGUUAUUUUUGAAUUAUUAAAAUGUUAAUAUUCUCUAGUUGGUAAUGAGUACGCACAAUUUUGAUCACGAGGUUUACGAGUACAUUAUUUCUGUAAAUAUAGUUUAUUUAUUAUGUUCAGUGUGUAUUGGAUUUAUUUUAAUCCGUUUAUCAUCAUAACAGUUUGAUUUUAACUCUCAUUUAUCUCUGUCUCUAGUCACAGUCCCCUUCUCCCUCUUAUAUUGUAUCGAUUAAUAUUCAUACCUUACAUAUAAACCCCCCCCCUGCCCGUCUCGAUUACAAGUCCAAACCUCGAACGUAACCAUGAAUACAUACGAAAACAUAAUUUUUGCAGAUGCUCAUAGUUUUAAAAAUGUUUAUUUAUUUUGUACAAAUUUAAUUUAAGAAACUAUACUGUGUUAUGAAAAUAUUUACUUUAAAUGAUUAAUUGUAUAUUAUUUAAUUGUUUAGGUUGAUUGGAGAAUGAUAUUGUACAAAGAUUUCGACCAAAAUAUUAUUUAAUGGUUUGUGUUUUUUUUUUUUUAGGAUGAUAAUGUCAAAAUAGUGCGUUCGUAUUCGGUAUGUUAUGAGUAAAUUGUUAUCAGUAUAAGGCGUAAUUAUAGAUAUAAAUGUAUUGCUUGUUAAAUUAUUAUGAAACAUUUCAGCUUACUUUUGUUUCGAUAUUUUAUGUUUUGUGUUAAAAAAUAUAACCUUUUAAUAUAUUAAACAAUUUAUAUAUUUUUCAAAAAUUAUUAAUAUGUUUGGGACCGUCUAAUAUGUGCAUGUACGUUUUAAAGUUACACGAUUUGGAUAUUAUUUUAUUUAUAAUUAUUAAACGUCAGUCUUUUAUUACGAAUUAAAUUUGACAUUGCCUAUGAUUUCAAUAGUUCUAAACAAAAAAACAAACUAUAUAAUAUUACGGUGCGAACAUCUGUCACACUGAUUUUGACAGAUGUUUAUUUUUUUAUCUGUAAUUCGAAAUGUAACAAUUCCAAAGUAUAUUAAUAUGAAAAGUAAAAAUCUUUAUGUAAAAUUCUUUAAUGUCAUUCAGUAUUAAAGUUAAAUUGAUAUAAUGUAAUAUCAAAAUGUAUAGAGGUAAUAUUCAUUAAAAAAUAUGUACAUUUAUUAAACUUAUUUUGCAAUUGUAUAGUAACUGUAAAUAGUACAUGAUAAGACUAUUUAUUUUCCAAAGAAAAAUACAUUUUUUUCUAAUCUUAAGUUAUAUUCGCAAAUUGUAUCUAAAUUUUAAUGUAAAACAUAAAGGAAUGCAAUUACAUGCUCAAAUAGUGAAUUUAUUGUGAUAGUUUUAUAAGUAUUAUUGUAUUAAGUUUUAGUAAGAGGUAGGCGUUUGCGCGUUUUGAAAAAAAAAAAAAUACAAACGUCAUUGUAAAGAUUGACAUGAGAAUUAUUCUCGUGACUUAUGAGAAGGCGGCCAUAUUUCGAAAUUUGCCUCCUGAUUCUCCCCUAAGACAUUUACAAUUAUUAUAAUAUUUAGUGACGUCAUCGAUUUGAUGUAGUUGUACUCAACCGUUCAACUUCCGUUGCGUUUGUUCUAUGACAAGUAAAGUAAAGUUAUAUAUUUGUUACUUGUGACAUUGGCAGAAUAUUUAUGAAUUGGAAGCACACUAACAAGACAUUAUUGGCUUUUUUUUAUACCAAAGACGAUCAUAACAUUAUCUUUAUUGCAUAAAAUGGGUUCCGUGAACUGUGAGAAUUUAGGAAGAAAAAGUUUAGGAACUAAAAAAGUAAUUCAAUUAUAAUAUAACAUUCAGAACAGUUUAUACAUAAAUUCUAAUUCUAUGUUCUUAAAUUUUAAUUAUUUCGGGAUGCAGGUAAUUUAUAUUAAAGAAGCUGGAAAAGGGUUUAUUACAAAAAUUAAGGCACAGUACUUUUUUCUCAAUAAUAUCAUAUUAAUAACACAAUGCUGAUAACGCAGUGUUGUUGAUAAAACAAUCCCUCACAUGUCACAAAAUAAUUUAACACAGAUUGAAUAAUUAACUCAUUCAACUCUACCGAAUUAAAAUUAUUUAUUAAUAAUAAAAUAUAUAAUGUCAUUGUAUUAAAAUUCUUUAGUUAAUUUAAAUUGUUUUUUUUUUUAAAUUUAGUUUCGAUUUUAUAUCAUAGUUUUUCAUAAAAUUCUAUAACACCGACUUAUUUAAGUUACACUUUUGAAAUGCAAUUUAAUGCUUUAAUACAAAAUGAGGAGUUAUACUACUGGCAGUGUUGUCACAGUAAAAAUGUUGUCGCUGUUGAAUCAAUCGAUGUGUAUACCGUUAAUUUAAUUUAUUAGCUGUUUCGUUCUAUGUCAAUGUAUUUGCCGUCCGUGUAAUUAAUCUGUUGUAACAAGUGUAGUAAUGAAUAAAAAAAUGUGAAAUAUU